AAGAUGAAGAAAAAUAUUUAUUUUUAGGAUUCAAGAGAUCCACUCGCAAAGAAAUUGAUGAAGUUGAUGUUAGAAGAUAAAAAAUUGCCCCAUACUGAACAAGAAGCAUAUAAGAGAAUUUGUAAAAAUCAGAAGCUAGCAAUCUACUCGAUUCAACACAAUAAUGCAGUAAAUCUGGAAAUUCCGUGCAAUGUAGUUCGUAUUGAUACAGGACAUGUAAAUAGUAUUGCUAUGAUUUUAUCUAAGCACAAUCCAUUCACUAACGUCAUCAAUUUUCAGUUGCAGAAAUUUUUUGACAAUGGCAUUAUGAGUCGUUUAAAAAGUUCACCAUUUAGAAAGAAAUCCAAUGAUAUGAUAGAGCAUCAACCGGUUCCCCUAACCAGCGUAAUAUCACUUCUUAUUUUUAUCCUAAUUGGUGUCGUUUUGAGUACUUGUAUUCUGAUUAUAGAAAAGUUUAUUUUUACUCAUAAAAGGAAAAAAAUAUCGAUGGUACAUCAUAUUCCGUUGAUUAAAUCCUCAACGUUUUAUGUAAAAGGGAAGAAAAGUUUAAGAAAUAUUACAAAACAUCACGUGAAUGUUUAUGACCCGUAAAUUAUUAACGACAACGUCAAUGUUCGUUUUCAAAGAAUUUUUAUAUUCUAAUUAUAAUUCUCUAAUGGAUUAAAAACAUGCAUAUGCAUAUCUAAUCUUUUAUUUUAUUUACUACAAUUUUGAAUUGAAGUAGAAUUUUUUCAUCAUAUUGUAAGUGUAGAUGUAAAUACACUCAUAUUUUAUCUCUUUCGAUCUGUUUUGAUUGUGCCUAUUUGCAUUAAAAAUAUGAUUUAGC